AUGGGGAACGGCCUUGUGGGCGGGGUUAUGCCGCCAAAGAGUGGAGCCAAGGGUGCUAAGGGUGGAAAAGGCGAUCCGAAGGGAGCGGCGAAAGCACCGAAGAAAAAGGAAGGCGGAGGCGGUGGAAAAGCCAAAAAGAAGAAGUGGUCCAAGGGGAAGGUCAUUACGUACAAACUGAUAACGCCAUCAGUGGUUUCGGAACGUCUGAAAGUUUUGCACUGUGAAUGGAACGAUCCGGAAUAUUUACAGUUGCUUUUGUUGCAGGAUUGA